UCAAUGUCAAAAAACAAAUGCAGAAUUUUGUAAAAUUGUGAUAAAAUCAAGAAAAUAAAUUCAAGAAAAAUAUUUCUUAGCCUGCUCUUGUAAUAUUUAUUUUUAUUUAAUUAACCGCUCUUUUUUUAUUAGGAGCGAUGUUUGCACUUCGUGUAAAAUUGCGGUUCUGUACAAAUGUUAAUAGGUUAUGUUUUAAUUCCUUCAAAAGUGGUAAUAUUUUAGCUGCAAGUAGCAUUGCAGCAAGUAAAAGACAUGGAUACAAUCAUUUUAUAACACCUAAACCUUUCCAAAGACAGUUCAGCACAGCUACAGAGCAAGCAGAAUCUCUGAAAGGAAAUGCUGAAAAAAGAGAGUUUCAAGCUGAGACACGUAUGCUGCUAGAUAUUGUUGCUAGAUCUUUAUAUUCAGAUAAAGAAGUUUUUAUCAGGGAACUGAUCUCAAAUGCCAGUGAUGCACUGGAAAAAUUCAGAUACCUCUCAGUGAGUGGUGUGCAAGACUCCGGACAGUUGGUGGAGGUGGACAGGCCCCUUGAAAUUCACUUGACCACCGACAAACAGAACAGAACUAUAACAUUCCAGGAUUCUGGUAUUGGCAUGACUAAAGAUGAACUUACCCAAAAUUUGGGCACAAUUGCUCGAUCAGGUUCAAAGUCAUUCAUUGAAGAGAUCAAGAAACAGGGAGCAGAACAGGCCAGUUCCAUUAUAGGACAAUUUGGAGUGGGAUUCUAUUCAGCAUUCAUGGUGGCUGAAAAGAUUGAUGUAUUUACAAGAAGUAGUCGAGCAGAUUCAGUUGGAUAUAAGUGGACUUCAGAUGGGUCUGGCAUGUAUGAGAUUCAGGAAGCUGAAGGAUUGCCUGUUGGUACAAAAAUUAUUGUACAUUUAAAAACUGACUGCAGGGAAUUUUCUGAUGAUGAAACUGUCAAGAGCAUAAUUAAAAAAUACAGCAACUUCAUUGGCAGCCCCAUUUUCUUGAACAAGGAACAAGUCAAUUCUAUUAAGCCUCUAUGGUUAAUGGAGCCAAAAGAAGUAACACAUGAGCAGCACUCUGAAUUCUACAAAUUCAUUAGCAACUCAUAUGACAAGCCUCGUUUCACUCUGCAUUACAAAACUGAUGUCCCACUUAGCAUUAGAUCCAUUCUGUAUGUGCCAGAAGGAAAACCAGGAUUGUUUGAACUAUCCAGAGAUUCUGAUGUUGGAGUUGCAUUGUAUUCGAGAAAAAUAUUGAUCAAAAGCAAGGCUGAAAAUAUUUUACCUAAGUGGCUAAGAUUUGUUAAAGGUGUUGUUGAUUCCGAAGACAUUCCACUCAACCUAAGUAGGGAGUUGCUGCAAAACAGUGCUUUAAUUACAAAGCUGAGAACUGUUUUGACAAACCGUUUCCUUAAAUUCAUGAUAGACAUGGCACAGAAAGAUCCAGUGGGAUAUGAUAGCUUUUAUAAGGAUUAUUCUAUAUUUUUGAAAGAAGGAAUUGUUACUAGUCAAAGUCCAAUGGAAAAGGAGGAAAUAUCUAAGCUGCUUCGUUUCGAAUCUUCGAAAUUAGAGAAUGGUUCCCGAACAUCACUAUUAGAUUACAGUGCUCGCCAGAAGGACGACCAAAAAUGCAUUUACUACUUGGCAGCACCAAGCCGUGAAUUGGCGCAGUCUUCGCCGUACUACGAAUCUCUAAAAAAGAGAGACGUGGAAGUUCUUUUCUGCUAUGAAAUGUACGACGAGUUAGUACUUCUGGAACUCAAAUCAUUUGGCGGCAGGCAGUUGGUGUCUGUAGAAAAUGAUAUGCAGAAAGAGGCGUCAGACAGUGAAGAGGCAGUCAUAGGCAGUGAGAGCUUACAAAAGUCGCAGGUGGAUGAGCUUGUUACAUUUUUGAAGUCCAAUUUGGCCGGCAAAGUGUUCGAAGUGCGCACUACCCAACGCCUCGACUCACACCCCUGUGUGAUCAUUGUCCCUGAAAUGGCGGCGGCGCGCCACUUCAUCAGGACCCAAGCUCAAAGCCUCAGCGAAGAGAACAGAUUUGCCCUUUUGAGGCCACAAUUGGAAAUAAAUCCUAAGCACCCCAUCAUCAAGAAACUCCACAAACUAGUCUCCAGUGAUAAAGAAUUGGCUAAUAUGGUGGCGCAACAGUUAUUCUCUAAUGCAAUGGUAACAGCCGGGCUCAUUAUGGAUCCAAGAAAUUUAAUAACACAUAUAAAUGAUCUUCUGGUAAAAGCUUUGGAAAAGCAUUAAAUUGUUACAUGAAUCUAUUGUUCAAUAAAAUUACUAUUAGAAAUAAA